CUCUGAACUCGCGCGCCAGCUCAAGAACAUCGGAAGAACCGUUGUGCACGAGUGUACCAAAAAGAACUACGACAGAAUGCUUGUUAAGAGAAAGCGAGACAGUCGCGUUGCUUCUGAAGCGGUCGCUGUUUCGACGAAGCCGAAGAGGCUGAUGAGGAUGGACAACCUGACGAUAUACGUGCUUGGAGCAUUCCUGCAGGCGUGCUUGUGGGACUGUGGUGCAGCAACUGUAUUGCCCGCUGCGAUGGAGUCCCGGCUGUCUCAGGCAGCGCUACAAGUCAUUCGCAGCCACACGACAUAUCCGAGCUCUAGCCUGGUUCCGCAGUUCGUCAGCGACGAGCGGCUCAUGCACUCAAACUUCAGGACCAAGUCCAGCAUAGGAGACCGAGAAGAGCUGCAAGUGACGAAGCUUAUGCUUUCUGGAGUGAAGACUGACGUGUACGGUGCCGUUCGCUGGACGCAUCUUCAUCACAACCACUCCGAUCACGUCAUGGCCGUGGCUCGAAACAACGUCCACCUCUGGCGAUUCACCAACCCGAACGUGGAGCUCCUAACUAGGAACGCCAUUUUCCGUUUCAGCUCUGGAUCAGAUGACAUCGUCGAUGCCACCGUGUUCCUCCGCAACGAAAAGAACUUCCAUACCAUGUUCCUUGUCCUUAUCAUUCGCACUGGCCUCACUGCCAAGCUGGUCGCCUACGAAGUGGACGCCGCUGGAGAAUCAUUGCUCUACUCUCUGCAAAUGAACGAGGUUCCCACCAAGGUUCGCUGGCUCCAGUCCCAGCAGGAAGGGGCGCUCGUGCUGCUCUUUCCUUCCGUGUACGCGGACGUCGGUUUCACAGACAUACGCCAAGGUGGCACGGUAUUGAGCCACGUCGUCAAAAUCCACGUUCCGAUGGCCGUGGACAUGGAGACCACCACCAUAUCCGGUUACGGCUACGUCGCAGUCAACAACGCGUCCUCUGUGCUGGUCUACCGUGCCGACGACCUCGCAAGCAACUUCAAGGUCUUCGACGUGUUACACGGUGCCGAUCUGACGGACGUGUCCCUGUUCCGCGUGGGCUUCGACAACGUGCUGGCCGUGGCGGGUCUCCGGGAGCAGUUCCUGUACGUCUGGCGCGGUGGCGGCUUCUUCCUGCGACAGGUGCUCAAGGUGCCGCGUGCCAUCCAGUGGCACCCCGUGGGCGUGGACUCGUGUCGCGAUGACGUCAUACUCGCCCUGGCCACCAUGGACGCCUCGUAUCCUCUGCGGCUUCACACCUGGUCCUCCAGGCUCAGGCGAUUCCAGGAGGUGGACAGAGGUACCGUCCCCUUCGGCGGUUUUGUCCUUCUCAAGGACAGUCUGUCAUCGUUCAGCAUCAAGGACAACGCUUGGAUGUUUUUCACCGAUGCCACCAAGGGCACUCCCAAAUCAAUCAUGGUCUCCACCAAGGUCAUACUUCUGUCAAACCCGGUUCAAGAAAAAGGCUCUCAACUGGUACUUCGCAUGACAAUGCUCAAGGAUCAACUGGACAAGCAGCAGGCUCUCUUAGGGCAAGCGUCCAACACCCUGCGGCAUGCCGUAUCGACCAAGGCCGCGGUGAACGUGGUCCAGGUGAAACAGGUCGUCAGGUCUGUCCUCGUCAAUGGCCCAGUCUCCAUGGGGUUCGCCAAGUUGCCCCAAGGCUUGUCCAUGGAGGGCUCUAAGGUCUCCAUGAGUGAGCUCCACAGCAAGAUGCCCGAGCUCCAGAAGGCGAUGAGCGACAUCGGGUUCCGAAUCCGCAAGCUCAUUUCGGCUCUCAAAGAUGCUGUGUUCAAGAAUAAGCCAGCCACUAUCACCGCACCAAAGGUACUUCAAGGUCACUUAUCGACGCCACUCUUGAAAUCUGUGGAAGCGAACAUCGGUUCAAUCCACGGCGUAUCUGUCGCCGAACUGUUCAGGAACCUUUACUGGAUGAACAAGCCGACCACCAUAACGGGAAGAAUAACCUUGACGAGGCCUGCAAGAAUAAGGUCUUCGCUCCAGUCACCAUCAAUAAACGGAAUAAAUCUCGCCAAUGCAGUCACAACUUACAGACAUCACACGAUAAGCGGACCUACAACGUUUGCAAGUCCUCUAGUCAUCUCCAAGGACUCCCUUCUGGAAGGAAGGUUGAACGGCCUCAAAUUGAGCGACCUGGUGACACUGACCGGAACGCACUACAUCACUGCUCCCAAAAAUUUGACCUCUGUGAAGGUCCUCCAAGAAUUGUCAGCUCAAACGGUGGACGGCGUCGACUUGACGAAAGUUGCAGCGACAACCAUGAACGCCAUCGAUGAGCAGACGGCGGAGGGAUCCUUCACGUUCACGCGAAACUUGCGCGUCGCGUCCAUCUCGACGCCAAUCGUCAACGGCAUCAAAGUUGCCGACAUCGCGGAGCGCUUCGUCAGAAUCAACGCUCCCGCGAUAAUCACCGGCGUCAAACACUUCGUCAGUACUUUCGACGCCCUACAAGACGUCAGUCUUCGGGGAAGGCUUAACAAGCUCGCAAUACCUGGCGAUCUCCUGCUCAGGGACGCCGAGCAAUUCGUGCGGGCACCAAAGCGGUUCAACAGACUAAUCACUACCGUAAUCAACGUUGAAGGCAAAGUUAGCGGGGUAGCCCUUCCGGGAGACAUCUACCGCCUCACCGACGAGGGCCCCAUCGACGUACCGCUCGCCUUCGCCAACGGGUUCCAGGCGCAGCGGGAUGUUGUCGUUGCUGGCACGGUCGACAACGUAGACAUUUCAGAGUUCGCUGCCUACGCUUCCAAGCAACCCGAAAAAGUCGUGAAGACCAACGUAGUCUUCAAGGCGCCCGUUUUCGUUAAGAAGUCCGUCAGGGUUCAUGCUAAGGUGAACAGCGUGCUGCUUGAUGCCCUUUAUAAGGACGCCAUUUUCCCCACCAACGAGUCUACGUUGGUCAUGACGGGCCAGAAGACUUUCCACAAGGGAGCCAAAAUAACACGAAUGACGGUCAAAGGCAGUGUGAAUGGUUACAACUUGUUGGAGGACUUUGUGGCCACGGAGGACCACCAAGACAUCAAUGUUUUGAUUUCAGGAAUAAAAACCUUCACGGGACCGGUCGUGUUCGAGAAGGACCUGACAUCAAAUGUUGGCGUUGUCGACGGAGUUCCGCUCUUCAAGCUUUUCGCUGGCCGAAUAACUCUUCACAGCGAGCAGAACAUCACAGCCGAGCCGCUGUUCCUGAACACCGUGAGAGUGAAACGCCUCUACGUUUCGGGCACAGUUCAGGGGCUCUCCGUGCCCAGAGACUUCGUUCUCAAGUCCACUCCGCAAAAGAUCUACGGACUGAAACACAUGGCUCGAGGCAUGUCCGCUGCUCUCGUCGAUUCUCGCAUGCACGCAACCGUCCGAGGCUUGUUCGGUGGCGUCGACAUCGUGGAAAUAAACAAGCGCCGUAUCCCACUGUCCACCGGUCAACUGCUGACCGGGGAGUUCGCCAUUGGCAACGUCACGACGCCGUUCCUUAACGCCGCGUGGAUGAACGGCCGGCCGGUUCAGUCAUUCCUGAGGAACGUCAUGUCGAAGACCAAGCCCCAAGUAGUGGCUGCUCCGAAGACGUUUUCCGCGGUCUUGAAGGCGAUCUCUCCCGUGACAACCGUGCAAGGAGUGAACGGCGUCAACCUGGCAGAGGUGAACUCCAACGCAGUCACUCUGCGAGGUCAGUCCGUGGUCAGCGCCCGCGUCGCGCUGCGAGACCCGUUCGAAGUCAUGGGUCACCUGAGCAUCCACGGCACCCUGGACGGCCGGGACCUUCGCGCCUUCGAGGCCGACGCGGUGCCCAAGCGCGGCUGGGUCUCCAUCGCCGGCAACUGCGUCUUCUACCGCGGCUUCUCUGUGCGUGGCAACAUCGCCGCCGACACGGUCAACGACCUCAUGUUCUCCUACGACGUGCUCCUCAAGAACGCCGACCAGAGCAUCAAGGGACAUUACCAUUUUGCUCGUGAUGUGAAGGUGCUUGGAGAUCUGCCGCACCUGGGUCACAUAAACGGCGUUGAUCUGUCCGUGCUCGACACCCUGAUCGCCAAGCUGGACCGGGAGAACGUCAUUCAGUCUGACCUGGAGUUUCACGGUGUGACAGAAGUUGGCACGGACCUCAACGUGGAAGGUCUUCUCAACGGCCACAAGCUCCGACAUCUGAGGGAUCAGGCGAUAUGCACUGCCAGGCAUCACGAGCUCACGGCCACCAAGAUCAUCCGGGGUCCCGUUAACAUGUUCCAUUCCAUCGAGGUUCGCCACUUUCAGAACAGGAGCCUCACUUCUUUCCUCGAAGACAUCGUCUUCGUUGACGGUCACUUUAUGACUGCACCGAAGAUAUUCACUGACGUGCUCAUGGAAGGAAGCGUGAAAACUAACAAUGCUCACUUCGAUCAACUCGUCAACGGCAUCCCCAUCAACACAGUGCUCUCUGACGCCGUCUGGGGAAAUGGGAUGUGCCAACUCUUUGGAGACAACGUCUUCGCAGACUCUUUUACUGUUACAAAGGACUUGACCGUUCUCGGCCGUUUAAAUGGACUUCGUAUUCCCGACGAUCUGCUGCAGCUUUGCCACAACAAAGCCUGCCCGGAGCAAUACCUGGAUAGUCCGGUGUUCGAGAACGUCCAGGUUCCGGGCCAUCUUCCCGUCUCUGGCACAGUCAACGGACACUCCCUCCCUCACGUGCUCGAAGAUACCCUGUUCGUCACCACGAACCAAACCGUGCGGGGAACCAAGCAUCUCGAGGUUGUGACGUUCGAACAGAAUGUGCUGCCCGAUCGCGUCAAUGGGAAACGAUUCCGUCACGAUGUCGUCACUCUGCACACGGCGCAGACUUUGCACGGAAAGCUCUCCUAUCGUCACGUGGUCACACCGAACGUGGUCGUCAAAGGCCUCAUCAACAACGUAAACUUCUUGAGCCUCGUGCGAAGCACGGUGCUGCUGAACGUGCCCCAGACCAUAGCCGCUCCGCUAGCCCUGAACAACGUAGUGGUUCGCCACAACAUCCGGCACGUGGGCACACUCAACGACGUCCACCUCGAUCAGCUUGCUCGGGAAGUGUCCCGCUUCGAGCACGCUGCCGCACAGCUGGGACGCUCCUUGGACCACAGAAUAGCCAAGCACGAAAGCCUUCUCAACCAACUGUCCUGCUUCCUCACCGAUUCUUACUCGGCCGUUGAUUACUUCGUCCUACACCAAUACCUGGACGUGGAGGCCACGACUGUGGACACUGCGCCCGGCGUCGGCUUCCUGCGCCUGCUGGACAACCAUGGCGGCGACGCCGUGGCACAGGCGUUCCACUUCGCCUGGAGCCAGCAAGAAGGCGGCACGUGGCGACUGCAGGGCGUCGUCUCUGCCGACGAAGGCGAGCGCGUCUACUUCACGCUCGAAGGGCGACUCCUCUGGCUCGAGCUCCCUCUGCCGGACAGCAACACCGGACGUGCAAUCCUGACCGAUGGCUUGACGGUGCUCUUCAAAUUCGGCGACGUGCUGGCCAUGUCGGCUGUUACCAGUACUGGCAACAGCGCGAUACUGGCCAGCCUCACCAAGCACGGUGUCCUGGACCUUUUCGCAUACUCCUUGCAGAGCUUCGAGCCUACUCUCAUCGGCACGAUCAAUCCAGGAGAAGGCGCCACUAUGGUCAAGCUCCUCUCCCUCGAAGGGUCGUUGUACGUCAUCGCCUCCGUGUACGACCACCGAGCCUGCAUUACAGAGCGCUACCAUUCGUUGGUGUACGCCAUGGAAGCAGCGCACAGGUGGCGCCUCGUGCAGACCCUGUACGGUGGAGCGGUCGCCAACGUCUUCUCUCUCCACGGUUUCCUCUACGCCCUGUUCACCGGCUUCGACACGCGCAGCCACUGCGCUGAGCCAAGCUUAGUGAAGGUCUAUCGAACCUGCGGCAGGGCGGGGUCUACUUUCGAGCUGUUCCAGACCAUCUCCCUGGACUCUGUCUCCAAAGUGGAGCUUGUUCAAUACGGAGCGCAGCUGGACGUCUUCAUGGCCGCCGCAAACAAAACUUCAAUUCAAAUCUACACUUUCAACGGUGAGAGCGGCUUCCAGUUCCACUCGGCGAUCGCUGUCCGGUUGGUGACCGACAUCAAGAUGACGGUGCUCGGAGGCUCCCUCUACCUCAUCGUCGCUCAGGGACACAGCACCGCGAAGAGCCUCGUUUACAAGGCUAUCACGCUGGGAGCAACAGAGACAUUCCAGCGUCUCCCAGCGACGUGACAUAGUGGAGCGGAGUACCGCUAGAUUUUAGAUUUUACGCCCUUCGCAACGCAGGGCGGUAUAAAAUUGUUUACUGUUACCGCAUAACUGCCUUUGAGGCAUCGCCACUUGUUACUUUUACACAGCUUGGCUAUUGUAACUACUGUAGGUGGAGAAUGAUGGGCCCUAGGCCACGUUGCCGCUGAAAGUGUCGCCGGCCAUGUACAUAAAGUGCGUUAUACUCACUCUGCAAUAAAUUUCAUAUACUGAUCGUUUU